CCGCCGCCAGCCCAGUUUCCGCACCCGAAGACUCCGGAGGGGAUGUCGGGGGACGGCUGGCCUUGAACUCCCCUGACUUCUUCCAGGCUGUCCCUGAAGGCUUUUGCAGAAAACCCUUCCCCACCCCAAGAUGGGUCCCGAUGCAGCCGGGGCCUCUUCUUGCCCCCCCUUAAAUCAGCUCCUGGAGAGACGGGCUCUGAAAGGUGUGCUCUUAGCUAACCAGAACGAUGGAAAGCACGGGCAAAGCAAAUAAAAAGGAUAUGGCAGAUGGACCACCAAAAGAAGCGAAGAUGCCUAUCAGCGAAGCACUUCUGGAGUAUCACCAACAAAUAAAGGAAAAUUCAGUGGAACGAUACAUGUUUCAAAUCAAGAAGCUCAGGGAAAAGAACCAAAAGUAUCAAGAAAGAAAUCAACGCUUAAAGGAGGAGCAGAAUUGGCAAAUCAAGAGCCUACUGAAAGAGCUGAGUGAGGAGAAAUCUGAUGGGUCACCAGUUGUAACCAGAGAGGAUGUUGAGGAAGCAAUGAAGGAAAAAUGGAAGUUUGAAAGAGACAAGGAAAAAAACUUGAAAGAUAUGCGUGUACAAAUAAGUAAUGCUGAGAAAUCAUUUCUUCAGAAACUCGGUGAAAAGGAAUAUUGGGAGGAGUACAAGAAUGUAGGGAGCCUACAACAUGCUAAACUCAUUGCCUCCUUACAAAAUGACAUCAAAAAAGUUAAAGACAAUGCACACAGAAUGUCAGAACAGUAUAAACUGACUUUGGAAGAUGCUAAGAAGAGAAUAAACAGAGAAACACUAUUUCAACUGGACCAAAGGAAGGAAUGGUCCACACAGAAUGCAAUAAAGUACAUUGACAGGAGCAACUAUAGAGAGAUCUGGGAGAAUGACUGGCUAAAAAAAGAAAUUGUCAUUCACAGGAAAGAAGUGGAAGAAUUAGAAAAUUCAAUUCAUCGGCUGGAAGAAGAAAAUCUGCUACUUAUUGAGCAAUUAUUCAACUGUCGACUUGUGGAUCUCAAAAUACCCAGGCAACUAUUUCUUACUCAAGCCACCGGGCAGGAAGUGCAAGCUGAGAAGCCUACAGAGUUGCAAAAGAUAUAUAAAGAAGAGGAGUCAAAUUUGCAACCUGUAGAAAGAGACAGAGGGAAAAGGUGGAGCUUAUGUGAGAGCAUCCACAAAGACAGCAUCCAAGAUGCCCAUCCCCUAAAUUUAGACCAGGAAGAUGGCUCAUGCACAGAGUUUAUGAAGAAUUUACUACAUGAAGAUGAACAAGACUUCAAGGAUCAUGUCAACUUGGGCCCGUUGGCAGUGAAACUCAUGUGUGUGGACAGCAAGAAGAUGCCCAUUCAUUUUCAAGAAAAGGAAAUUGUUAUGAAAUUCUAUGAGGAUGUCGGGAGUCCAGAAAGUUAUAUCACAUAUAAGAUGAUGAAGUCUUUUCUCUGAGACUAACACUACAAAGUGAAAACAUCUUUUCCUUAUAAAUUCUUUGUGAAUUGAA